AUGGAGGAGGUGACCCCCCCGGAUCUUCUGCCCUUCCUCCUGCAGAACUGGGGUGCUCAGGAGGCGGGGGGGGCAGCGCCGUACGUGGAGAUCCUGGAGCAGCCCAAGCAGCGCGGGAUGAGGUUCCGCUACAAGUGCGAGGGGCGCUCGGCCGGGAGCAUCCCCGGGGAGCACAGCACCGAGACCACCAAGACCCACCCCACCAUCCGCGUGAACAACUACCGGGGCCCGGGGCGGGUGCGGGUGUCGCUGGUGACCAAGGACCCCCCCCACCGCCCCCACCCCCACGAGCUGGUGGGCAAGGACUGCAAGGACGGCUUCUACGAGGCCGAGCUGUGCCCCGAGCGCAGCAUCCACAGUUUCCAGAAUUUGGGAAUUCAGUGCGUGAAGAAGCGGGAGCUGGAGGCGGCGGUGGCCGAGCGGAUCCGCACCAAUAACAACCCCUUCAACGUGCCAGCUGAGCAGCGCGGGGGCGAGUACGACCUGGCCGCGGUCAGGCUCUGCUUCCAGGUGUGGGUGAGGGUCCCGGGGGGGCUGCGGCCCCUCCCCCCCGUCCUGUCCCAGCCCAUCUACGACAACCGUGCCCCCAGCACGGCCGAGCUGCGGAUCUGCCGCGUCAACCGCAACUCCGGGAGCUGCCGGGGCGGGGACGAGAUCUUCCUGCUCUGUGACAAGGUCCAGAAAGAGGACAUCGAGGUUCGUUUCUCGGCCGAGGGUUGGGAGGCCAAGGGCUCGUUCGCGCAGGCCGACGUUCACCGCCAGGUCGCCAUCGUGUUCCGCACGCCGCCCUUCCGGGACCCCGCGCUGCGCGCCCCGGUCACCGUCCGCAUGGAGCUGCAGCGGCCCUCGGACCGGCAGCGCAGCGCCCCGGUGGACUUCAGAUACCUGCCCCACCAGGGGGACCUGCAGUGCAUCGAGGAGAAGCGCAAGCGGACGCGGGAAACCUUCCGCUCCUUCGUCCAGCACAGCCCCCUGCCCGCUCCCUCCUUCUCUUUUGGGGGGCCGGGGGCGCUUUUGGGGGGCCCGGCCCCCCCCGAACCGGAGCCUUUGGCCGAGGCGCUGCUGAAGCUGCAAUUUGAGGAGGGGUCCCCCCAAAUCGGGGGGGGCAGCGCGGCCCCCCCGUUGGAUUUUGGGGCUAUUUUGGGGGACCCCCCGUUCCCCCCGCUGGACGUCAUCAACGCCUCCGAGGUUCAGCGCCUGCUGGACCCCCCCGAGCCCCCCCCGGAUUUUGGGGAGGGGGUUCCAGAGCUGCCCCCCCCGGAUUUCGGGGGUCCCCCCAUGCUGAUGUCGUACCCCGAGGCCAUCGCCCGCCUGGUGCAGAGCCAGCCCCCGGGGGGGACCCCCGAAAUGGGGCUGGGGGCCGAGCUGGGGGGGACCCCCGAGCUGGGGGGGCUGGGGGGGCUGGGGGGGGGUCCCGAGGAUUCGCUGCCCUCCCUGGGGGAGCUGGACUUCAGCGCCUUCCUCAGCCAGUUCCCCUCGUCCUGACUGGGAC